GGCUUUUCUUAAACAAGAUAAGGCACCUUCUGUGCUCUCGGUAGGAAGGAUGUUGUAAAGGUAAAUAAUCUAAAUGGUGUUCUUCCUGCCUUCGUGCCUGGACUUUGAACUAGUGCCGGAAAGAUGUGUCUAGCGUUCUCAGGUUAAGCUGUUGGUGUGUGGAAAUUUAUGUGCACUUGUUUCCUAUGCGGAGUAUGUCAUCCAAGUGUUCCAGCAUGUGUAAUGUACACUUAUUGUGUCUGUUAUUCUAAGUAAUGAUACACGAAGGCUUGCAGCAUCGCCCUUAAUAAAUAUUGAGACUGUCCAGCCUUGAUUUUAAUUCAUAACUUUUAUGACGCUAGUUUCAACAUUGAGGGAGUGGUUCUUUUCUUCUCAUCUGUAUUGAUAAAGAGUUCUAAAAUUUAUCAUGUUCCAUUUGCUUGUCAUUGCAUCCAUGUUCAUUCCCACGUUAACAUCAAAUUCACUUGAAAGUAAUACAUUGUCAUCUAGUCAGUUGUUCACAUUUGCUCAGCCACAAUCAUUCCUUCAAUUAAAGCCUGAAUGGUCUCUGCCAGCCAUAAGAGAAGUCACAUUCAAAUUCAGGACAGAUCGUCCCCAUGGCUUACUUCUUUUUCAUGGUUCCAUAUCAGAUGUAAAAACCUUUCCUCUUUAUGAACUUUAUGUCAUGCUAGAAAAUGGCUGUCUAAAGAUCAUUCAUGUUUUUUUAAAUGACCAAGAUGAAACAUUUUUCAUUGGCAAAGGUUUGAAUAGAGAUAAAUGGCAUCAUGUCACUUUACGCAUCAAUCCUGGUACAGCACAUUUGUCUGUAACAGUUGAUUCUCAUGAAAUGACUGUGAAUUUGCCAUCACUUUCUCAUUAUCCAGGUUAUGGUGUAGUUGAUAGCAUGCCUGAAACUGUUAUGUACUUUGGAGGUCUUGACCCAAAUAAUUAUGCUACAAAUCAGAAGUACAAUUAUGUUCGCUUUGUAGGAUGUAUGGGGACUAUUAUGUUCAGCCAGUCAGGAAAUCCAUUAUCGCCAACAAAGAUAAUUUUAGCCAAUCAGCUGGUUCAUGGAUGCAUUGACCAAUGUGAAAUAUCAAACCCCUGCUUAUAUGAUGGCCGCUGUAUUAAUCAUUAUACACACACAUCUUGUGAUUGUUUUGGAACAAGACACGAGGACAAAAUUUGUUUCAGUGCUGAUCCAGUGACAGUUACGUUUCGUGGAUAUUCUUAUAUAACAUAUCGUGUAUAUGACUGGAGGGACAGAGUACAUUCUGAAGCUGGCAGAAUUAGUUUUAGUUUUCGAACAUUUUUUGAAGACUCUGUUCUUAUGUAUGCUUCUGGUGAACACGUUGGUCGAAAUUAUGUUGCGAUAAGUCUGUUUGGAGGUCAACUACAUUUUGAAAUAAAUUUUGGCGAUGGCCCUUUGAACUCUACUAUUGGCUACUCCUUAAAUGAUGAGGCGUGGCAUACAUUUACUGUGAUACAUUCUGGCCGAGAAGUAAAUCUUCAACUUGAUUCUCGUUGGCACGCCUCUCUUCUUGCAUCCAGUACUCAUCAUCAUCUACAUUUGGAUCCUGAAAUUUACAUAGGGGCAUCUCCAAAGAAAGCUAAAGGCCUGAAAUCAAAAGAAAAAUUUAUUGGUUGCUUACGUAGCUUUUAUUUUAAUGAUAAAAAUGUUCUACAUUCCUUAUUUAUUGGUGAGAGUACUGCUAGGUAUCACAGUAUGUUUGCUGCUGAAUAUGGAUGUGAUUCUACUAAUGUUAUACCAAUGACCUUCCCUUUACCUGAGUCCAAAUUGAUUCUGACAAUGCCAAGUACAAAAAAACUAGAGCUAUCACUAGAAUUCAAAACACUGCAAACUAAUUGUGUUUUGGCAUCGGGAGAAAUCAAGACCGAAAGUGGGAUAGGUGUCUGGGAGCUCUUGCUUCAUAAAGGAAUUGCCUUAUUUGUUAUUAAUCGUUCUCCAAAAGAAGAUCCUACUUUAGUGUGGACUCUAAAUGAUGAACAUUCUGGAAAACAAUUAGCAGAUGAUGAAUGGCAUCAUGUUGGUGUAACAUAUGAUAGUGGAGAAGUGAAAUUAGAAGUUGAUUAUCGAUUUGCUUCAAAAGGAGAAUUUACUCAUCCUCUAGAAUUCAUGAGUCAAAUGAUUCUCACCACCAGUGCCAAAAAUGCUGAAAGAGGUUUUAUUGGUUGCAUGAGAGACAUUUAUGUAGCUGGUGAUUGGAUUGAUCCUCGAACUGUUGUUGAUACAAAACAAGUUUCUGGAAAAGUUUCUCUUGACAGCUGUUUGUUGGUAAAUUUAUGCAAUAAUCCACAUGCUUGUGAGCAUGGUGGACGUUGUUAUGUUGAAAAGGGGGAGACAUAUUGCGAUUGUGAAAAAACUGGUUAUACUGGAAGAACUUGUCACUUUUCUCUCUAUAAGCGUACUUGUGAAGAAUUGUAUCUUGUUGGUUACAGAAAAAAAGGAGUUUACACUAUAGAUAUUGAUCGAAAUGGUGAUCUGCCUCCUGCUCAUGUUUAUUGUGAUAUGGGGGACAGUGGAAGUAAUCAGAUUGUAACACGAGUCGAAAAUAAUAUGCCUCCUGAAAUGGUCGUUAGGAAAGCUGGAAUGAAAUCUUUCUCAAUUGACGUUACAUACAGAGAAUUUACGCCAGAAAUGUUACAAUCACUUGUCAGACAUUCAAAAACCUGCUCCCAGCAUCUUAAAUAUGAAUGUUUCAGGACUCCUCUUGGUCUUCGUACUUUUACUUGGAUGGAAUCGUCUGGCUCAUCUCAUUAUAUUACUAGCAUAGGAAGCCAAUCUGAGGGUUGCAAAUGUGCAGAAACAAAAUCUUGUGCCAAUUCUUCUCUUCUGUGUAACUGUGAUAUUGCUGAUGCGCGAUGGCGUGUGGAUGAAGGAGAGUAUACUAAUCCUAGUCAUUUGGGCAUAACCAGAAUUUAUAUUUUGCAGCCUGAUGAUUUAGAGGCAGCAGCUGAAGGACGACUUACUCUUGGGCCUCUCGAAUGUGAAGAAACAGAUACUCAAGAAUAUGUGAUUACAUUCAAAACUUGGAAUUCUUAUAUAGAAGUUCCUGGAUGGAGAAGAGGAGAUAUUGCUUUCAGUUUUAGAACUUCAAACAGUCAAGCUGUUUUGAUAUAUCAAGCCUCUAUACAUCACACACAUGGUUACUUAAGAGUUUUAUUAAUAAAUGAUUAUGAAUUAUCUUUUGAAUUCACUCUCAACAAUCGGCCUCGAAGUGUGAAAGUAACAUCAAGAAGGAAAUUAAAUUCUGGAGAAUGGCAGCAAGUUUGGGUUGAUCAUGACUCAUACCAUAUGCGAUUUACUGUAAAUUUGGACUUUGCAAUGGUGGAUUAUGGGGAAUCUCAUGGUGUUGGUCCAUUUGAAGGUCCAUUAUAUGUUGGGGGUGUUCCAGAGCAUGUUGCUGGUGAUUCAUCUAUUAAAGAAGGUUUCAUUGGAUGCUUCAGAGGCUUAGUGAUAAAUGAUGUCGUUGUGGAUCUUUAUAAACAUAUGACCCGAAGUGAAUCUGCUAUUGUGCAUGGCUGCCAACCAUCAUGUGCCUCUAAUCCUUGUCAGAAUGGUGCUACUUGUGUAGAAUAUUGGGGAUCAUAUGUAUGUGAAUGUGUGAAUCCAUUUGCUCAUUCAGGAAAGAAUUGUGAAACCAAUGUAAAUACAAAUGCCAUGACAGUAGUAGUUCCUCGAUCAUAUUAUCAUCAUAAAAUUGAAGGAAAUCUGACAAACCCUGUCUUUGAACAGAAUAUUCUUCUGAAUUUUCGUACAUUUGAGAAAGAAGGCAUUUUACUUUAUGCAUUUGAUCAUUACAACAACUUCGUCCAACUUCAUUUUGCAAAUAGAAAAGUAUAUUUUACCUUUAAUUCAGAUCGUACUCUUUAUCAACUGGCAGUGGAAGUUGAAGACCUUUCAAAAGGAUCCCCAGUACAAGUUAAAGUAGAACGACAACCAAAGAGCACAACUUUAUUUGUGAAUGAUAAAAAUGCUACAGAGGAUGUUAUUAUAAGAUUUGUAGAUAAGUAUUUUAGAAUGCCAUGGCAUCGUGGAGAGCAUUUAGAAACUGUUUUCCCUCCAAGAGGUACUUAUAGAACAAUUGAGCACAGUGAGAUGUUUUUAGGCCAUGUGGGUAGUGGAACUGAAACAAAUCUUACAAAAGGUGGUUUUGCUGGAUGCAUUCAAGGUUUCAUGAUUGGUAAUCAAACUUUUGAUCUUGAAAAGGCAGCAACAACAACUAACCCUGAUGAAAAAUAUGGAAUUCUCAUACCUGGCUGUACCAUGAUGUGUGAUUAUCAUCCUUGUCAAAAUCAGGGUGUCUGUAUAGAGCAUUGGAGAGAAAAUAUCACUUCCUGUGACUGUUCACUAACUUCAUACACUGGAGAAGCAUGUCAGAAAGAUAUUGGAGGUAAUUUUGAUGGCACAACAACUUUAACAUAUGCAUAUGAUGAUGAAGAUGUAACUUUGGAAAUGCAAGAUGAUGUUGCUGUGAGAUUAGCUUUUUCCACAGAUUCAUCUACUUCUACAUCUCUUGUGCUGUUACUUGUUCAGUUUCAUGUAAGGAAAUACAUUUUGUUUGGAAUUUCUGAUGAUCACACAUUGUUUGUGGAGGAAAAAUUAUCGAACAAUGUUGUGCGAAGGAGGGCAAAGACUUUGAGUACAUGGUCAGAUAAUAAUAGACAUUGGUUUUAUUUCACAUGGAAGUCUGGAAUUGUGACAUUGAUAGUUGAUGGAGAAAAUUAUAACCCAUAUAUACAGUUUAUUGAUACAAAUACAGUGCUAUUUGAAGGAACAUCAAAUUCAUUGCAUGUUGCUGGUUUGCCUAGUUCUAUUGAGAGUCAGGAAUAUAAAAAUUUCAAAGGUUGUAUUUCAAAUGUAAUAGUUGAAUUUGGAAAUCUUGUACUAACACCACUUGAGACAGCUUUUGGUUACCAGAAAGGUUCAUUGGACAAAAUAAAAGUAGACGGUUCUGUAAAUGAACGAAAAUGUGCUGCUUUUGCUCAACUGUCUCAACUAACUGCAACUUUACCUUCUAAUAUUCCACCAGAAAUACAAGGUCCAGAAUGGUUUCCAGAUCCACCUGUUACUGCUGAAUAUAAAAGCAUAUUUUCAGAUAUGGCUAUUACACCACUUGAAAGCAUCAGCAGAGCAAGCAAUCGUGUUGCUGCUGUGAUGGGUGUCCUAUUAAUAAUAGUUUUGUUAGCCUUAAUGUUUUACAUUUACCGCAUUCAGCGGCGCCAUAAACGUAUGAGAAUGGGAGAGGAAUAUGACAUUUAUAAGAUGACCAAAAGGAGAACAGUCAGUGGAGAUCGUAGUGGAAAAGCUGUAAGCUUUUCACCUGAUGAUGAUUAUACACAGAGUGCCCAACCAUUGGUACGCUUUCCUGAUGAUAGUCCACCUGCAUAUACUCCAGCAGUGAGCUUUGGCAAAUCAACAUUUAUACCAAAUGAACCUAAUGGUCGAAAUCUACCAAUCAGCAGAGGUACACCACCAGAUUCAAUUGAAAUGGCACCUUUACGGUCUACUUCUUCCCAAGAACUUGAAUGGGAUCCUGCAGGAGCACAACUUGUUAGCACUGCAUUAGAUGACAUGAAUCCCGAUGAAUCGGAGAAGCAAGUUGAUGAAGAAAAUGAGGAUGAAGAUGGCCCUCUGCCAGAGCUGAAAAAUCAGUUUGCCCCUUUGGCAUCAGCUAGUGAAGUAACGAUCAAUAGAUUAAGCCAAACAUUUACAUAAAACUAUGCAUUGUGUUUUUCAUGUCGAUACAGUGCAUUAUUUUCUUUUCAUCAUUACCAUAAAUGUUUUGAGUUAUGUGUUGUUCCACAAAUAUUAUUGCAUAAUUAUGUGCUUACAUUCAAGUGAAAGUAUUCAUUAAUAUUCUUAUUCAAAUCAAAACUGUAAAGAAAAAACCACAAAGAUUUCUGUUAGUUUUUUCGAAGUUCCUACAAAUAUUUCAUUUGAUGAGAGGGGUGAAGUAUUAACAACCUUCAAGUAUUUCAACCAUUAAUUACAUUCCUUAAUUAGGAGCUUAAUCUGUUAAAUUAGUCUUGAGUAUUAGAGUACAAGAUGUAAAUUAUUUGAUAAGAGAGCAAGCAAGCAAAAAUUUGAAGAUUGCAAAUGAAAAUGGAUUUUACAUUAAUGAAUUUUAAUUCCUUUAAUAAUUUUCAAAAGCGUUUGUAAACAGUAGAAUUUCGUUUCCAAAUUUUAUUCGUUUAACUUCAUGUAUAUUGUUAGUUUUCUAAAAACAUUCCUGUGAUAUUGUAACAUUCCUCUCGUUUAAAUAUUAGGCAACAAUGUGAACUUCCAAAAUAUGUAUAUGAAUGUUUCAUAUGUAUGUACUGUUUGAAUGCAUUCUCACAUGUGUUCUAAGUAUUAUUUUCUCAUACUAAACUAUUUAAAAUUUCAAAAUUUUAUUGCUUUAGAUUUGUGGUAGCUCUAAAUAAUAAUGCUUUAUUAGAAAAGCUGGUUAUUUUCUUCGAAGCAGUAUGAAAAUAAAAAUAUUUAUAAUCAUAUUCUGUUAAAUUUCAGAUACAUGUUAGCAAAUAUUUUUGUUAUUUUUUUAUGGAAAAUUAGGAUGUAUGUUUUUAAUUAAUAUAUAUUGGAUUUUUUGCUGGUUGUGUAUAAAUUGUUUUAUGUUUAAAAUGAUCAAAAUAAAACAAAAACAUUUUUAAGCUGAACAUUUUAACAAGAAUUACAUUCUACCUUAUAUAUUCUUUUAAAAAAUAGUGCUUUCUUGUGAUAUAUAUAUUUAAAAAAUUUAGCGUCCAAUGUGAUUAAUUAUGGCAGCAUGUUAUGUGCAAUAUAUAGUUUGUUAAUAGUGGUAAAAUUAAUAUUAUGUUUCUGCAUAGUUUUACCUGUUAGCAUUGUUUUGAUUCUAUGGGAUUGAAGGUUGUAAAAAAUUGAUGUAUCUCAAAAUCACUAGUCAGUGAAUGUAUUUUGCUAUCAUAUUGAGAUUUUAAUAAAUCACUUUUCUUAUUUGUA